UAAAAUAAUAUGCGAUGAAUCUUUCGCAAAUACGUAUCAGAUAGAUGAUUCCAUUAAAGCACGAGAAAUAUGUAUAGAUGUAUAUCUAUUACAUAUCUAAGUAUUCACAUAUAUUAUACAUGUGAAAUAUAAAAAUCUCACAUUUCCAUUUCAAACAGAGAUAUACCAACAAUUGUCUACUGAGACAAACUGUUUUAAAAUACGCGUUUGGAAUCACAAAAUUCUAGUUUCAAGAUCUUACAUUGCUAUCUUUGAAUCUAUUACACACGCGCGCGCGCGUUUACAAGAGCUUGAAAUAUUACGGUAGUCAAAGAAACAAUUACGAAAGUGCAAUCAUUUGCAAAUUACCAAAUUAUGCAGAAAAUAUCGACAAAGAUUUUUUGCAAUUCAUUAUGUGAAGCGCGAAUUGGGCUUAUUAAUCGCUUUAAUGCCUCUUUUUCUUGGUAAAUUGGCUGAUAAAAAUCGCGAUACGCCUGGGCAUUUAUAGCAUUAUCAUUUUAUAUGGCAUCGGUGUUUAUGCGUGUGCGUUAGUCGGUAUAUGGGUCGAAAUACAUGCAUCAUUCUUGUCUAUCUUUAACAUGUUACGUCGUCUUUAAGAGUAAUCAAUCGUAAUUAAGGAAAAUACUUAGAGCACGAGGGUCGUAUGAUUUCUGGCGAUUAUCAAAUUACGUCGUUAAAUGAGCACGCUUCGUACGGUGACUGUCAGCAUAAUCCAUAUAAAUUAUUAGGAAUGCAAAUUUAUGGCGACAUGUAGCUGUCCCCUUCAAGAAAUGAUGUUUGAUAGAUUGACAGAAUUAAUGAAAGAUUUGUUUUAUUGAUCUACAAAAGACUAUUCGCAUAAUAAAACGAUUCGACAGGAAUAGCUGGACCGAUUAAUAUUCACAUGAUCAUCUAAUAUUGAAGAAACCGUAUAUCCAAUUUUAAAAAACAAUCGGGAUAAUAAAACAAGUAGAACGCAGUUCGCAUAGUUCUGCAAUGCAGAUAUAAUGUCGCAAAUAUAACUGACAUUUCGCAUGACACCGCAUGAUACCAAUCUAUGCAAUUUUAUUAUACAAGUAAUAAAUCACGUUAUGUGACUCUAUCAUUUAUCUUUUAUCAGAGCUAAAUACAUUUUAUUAUCUACUAUUAAAGCGGUCAGCCCGUUCUUACAAGAAUCAAUUAGCGAUUAAACAGGUAUAUCGACAAUUCUUUUCUUUUCCUUGCAUCAACUCUUUGCCGCAUAGUUCCGUAUACAUGUAAAUAUCUUGAAAAUAGCUUUUUUGUAAUCAGUAGCGGUUGCCAUUAACAUGAGUAGAUAAUGCUUCCACCAAAUGACCACACAUAACGAUGUUCAGUCGAAAUUUUAUUUAUCGUUAGUUAGUUGCUUCCGAGUAGCAUUUUCUAUACGCGUCUCACGUAAUCGCGUAACAAUAAAGAUUUUGCAUAACGGAAGGACACCGAGGAUGCUCGUCAUUCUGAAGAUAAUCGUUUUAAAUCAGCCAAGGAUUCCUUGACGGUGUCACGUUGACGUUGACGUGUCGCGCGGUCAUUUGGGCCAAAACGAAAGUGAUUCUUGAAUAAGCCGGCACUUGCAGCAUGUGCCGAGCAUCUGCUCAGAGAAUUUUAAACAACACGACGAUUACCUGCCGGAUAGGUUGCUGUCUUGGUGAAGAUUACGGCUAUGAGGGAAAUCACGGUAAGCUUAGUCUUAGAAGCUUCAUUAAUUCAAGAUUCAAUGGUAUGUACUUCAAGACGAAGCUAAUUUGUCGUCUUAUUCUUUGCAUUGCAGGUCCGUCGCAUUGGGGUGAUAGUUACAACACAUGCAUUGGGAAACAUCAAUCACCCAUUAAUAUAGAAGAGCACAAUGUCAAGAAUAUCAGCUUGCCGUCAUUGAAAUUAGUCGGCAUUGACAAUCCGUGCUCGUCCUUCGUAACAAAUAACGGUCACACGGUUAUGCUGAAAACCAACGAAUCCAAAGCGGCCACGUUAUACGGGGGACCAUUGGGAAACAAUAUCUACGUGUUUGAGCAGUUGCACUUUCAUUGGGGUGAGAAUGAUCGCGAGGGAUCUGAGGAUUUAAUCAACAAUCACUCAUUCCCGAUGGAGAUGCACGCCGUGUUUUACAAGGAGGAUUACAAGUCGAUGGACGAAGCUCUCAAGCAUCAUGACGGUCUGACUGUUCUAGCAUACUUAUACGAGGUAAACCCUAAGCCAAAUCCGGUAUACGAGUCUAUCAUAGAAGUGCUACCUGACGUAGAAGCAGUAGGCAAGGAGAAAACAUUGAAAGAACCACUGUUACUAGAGAGAUUACUUGUACCAGAUAUUACGACUAUGCAAAAUUAUUUCACGUACAACGGCUCGUUGACUACUCCACCUUGUCUCGAAAUUGUUACCUGGAUUGACUUUAAAACUCACCAGCAGCUAUCGCACGAGCAGUUGGCUGCUUUUCGCGAUUUACGAACUCCCGAGGGCAACAAACUGACUCACAAUUUUCGGCCAGUGCAGCCACUAGAGGAUCGAAUAGUUUUCCACAACAUUCCGAAGGAGCAGAAUGAAGUGUUGAAGAACGAUAACGAUCCAUCUCAUGAACAUUCCGGACAGCACAGUAUUAAAAUGCCGUGUUCGAUUAUCGCAUUGGGAAUUCUUUUUGCAGUCGUCUUAUUUGCUAUGUAACGACGUUGGUACAAGAUAUUCUAGUCAAUAGCAUUUUUGCAUCGUUAUCCUAUUUUUAAAUGCAUGCGUGUGUUGUGUGUGUGCGUGCGCAUCGUGCGUAUAUGCGUGUGUAUGUAUACUGCGAAUAAAUGCUACUAAAAAAAGGAAAAAGUCGAAUUUUAAUAUAUUAUGCUAUCCACGGAUUAAAAGAUUUAAUUGAGUGGAUGUCCCAAAGCGAAUUCUCGUGAUCGUGAAUAAUCUUUAAAGCACAAUAAUCAAUUUAACGUUUGUAAUUAAUAAGAAUAUGCACUGAUGACUUUUAGCAGUAAAUUAUUCUUGAAUAUUGAGUAUCAUGUAUACUUCAUAAUUUUAAAUAUAAUGUUGUAAAUCAAACAUACACAAUUAAAAUAUUACUUCUUGUACGUGGAGA